GCCCCGGGUCACGAGUGAAGCAGCACAUCGCCAGUACGGCCGUCUCCUCCUCGCAUCGCUCGCCCCGCCGCCCUUCCCCGCCUUGAGGGCAAGCUGCGCCGUGCACGGACGGCGGGAGACGCGGCUCGGCGUGGGUGAUGGAUGAGCGAGCAAUCGACUGCAAAGAUCGAGGGUCGGAUCGAGGGUCGCCGCAAGCCUUGAUUGCUCCUACACCGCUCGACCACACAAGAUUACAGCCAGGAACACAGCCGCCAGCAAGCAGGCAAGGCUGCGGAAGGGUCCAGCCGGCAGCAAAGGCAGGAGGGUGGCCACCGAUCCAGGGCCCCAUCGCACGGAUCCUCCCUCCUCUACCUCCCACCUUCAUCAACAUCACCACCACCACCCUUGACGCACCGCCCGACGCACCGCUUCACCACCCUUUCCCAUCAUGGCAUUCCCAGAGCCAGCGCUGACGCCGGAAUACUUUACCUUUGUGCUCCUGUGGGCACUUCCGAUUACCACGCAGGUCAUCCUGAUGUUCUUCGAAGGCAUCAGGACAAUUCCCGGUGAGAUUCGUAUGAUGAUGCGCAUCCAUCGUCGAGGAAGGCCCAACAUUGUCGAGAUCAUCUUCUUUGUUAUCAAGUACAUCGCCAUCCUGGCGACCGUGAUGAGCGUGCUGCAAGAGUGGACCCCCUGGCUCACCGCCAAGAGCUGCCUCGCCGCCAGUUGGAUCCUUCAACUCGGGCUUUCCCUCUGUACUGUCCUCGUCAGCACCAGCUUGGCUUGGCGCUGCUACGUCAUUUUCCAGCGCAACCGUCGCGUGGGCCUCAUACUCCUCGGCGGCCUCAUCGUCCAUCUCGCCAUGAGCCUGUUCGCUGCUAUUGGCCAGGCCAAGUACGACAUUAAACAAGAAAACUACUGCGGCUGGUCUGAUGCCAUGCUGCACAAGAACCACUCGCACAAGUGGUACCAAAUCCAUGCUAGCUGGUUUAUGCUCUACUCCACCGCCUUCGACACAGUCAUGGUCAUUGCUGCCUCUUGGCGCCUUCUCAAAUUCGUCCGUGGCCCCACCGGCCUGCAGCGCAUUGGGCGACUACUCUUCAUCAACAAUCUGCACUACCUCGCCAUUGUCUCCACGAUCAACCUGAUCCAAUUCUUCGUCCUCUGCUUUCGCUUCUCGAGCAUACCGCCCCUCAUGUGGCUCACCGAGACGCUGCAGAUCAUUGUCUGCUUACAGAUGCUUAUCUCAGAGCAGGAUGAGGCGCAUGGAUACAGCAACAGGGCAGGACAGCAAACAGCAUACCGGGGCGGUGGCGGCGGCGGCGGCAUCGGAGGAGGGGGAUACAGCGGCGGCAAGACGCCUGGGUCGAGCUUCGUGCCUGUCAAGUCUGGCACGAGCUCCAAGCCGCAGCAGUCGACCUUUUCAUCUCUCGAUCAAGCUGAGAUACGCCAGCCGCUUGAGGGAAUCCGCUUCGACGCCCUGCACUCAGAGUCCAUUGUUGAUCGCGACACAACCAUGAGCCAGAUUCAAGCCGGCGUGACCAAGGAGAUCACGGACCUCCAGCAUCCUGCACCUCAUCCGUGGGCAUAUCAGCAAGAUUCGUCCAUCUCUCAUGGCCCUUCGACACCCCACAGUGGUUGCGCGCACAACAGCAACGGCAGAACUCAGGUAUACGGCUACGAGGUCAGCUCUACCUUACCAGCCACCAGCACGGCCUUUACGCCACGUCUCUUUUACGGCACUGAGCCGUCCUCUUUCCACACUUCACCUCCCGCCUCGCUGGGAGACGGUGGUGGCAGCAGCAGUUCCCCUCGUCCACCCAAGUCAGGUGGCGGUCUCUCCGUCAAGGCCAUUCGUGCUGGGCUCGACUAUCAACAGAGCCACAGACAGAUGCCCAUUUCAGGCGCCACCGCUGCUAACUGCGAUGAUGCCUAUGCCAUGAAGCCCGUGAGCGUCCACAGUGCUCAAGGCAGCGAGCCUGCCGGCAAUUCAGGAGGGCGCAAGAGAGCCAUGUCCAGCCACUCUAAUGCUAGCGUAUGCACCUGCGCCCGCAGUGGGGUCGGGCAGCAGGUCUCGUAUGGGACUGCUCUGACUUGCGAGAUGACCAACCCUCGCGAGCAUGCAACACGCCGGGACACGACCCUCUCGACUGCCACUGGGGCGAGCGCGGCUGUCGGAGGAGCUUCACCACAGGUGGAUACGACCAUCUCGUUCGAUGCUCCCAAACUGGGCGAGGAGGAGGGCUACCCGUCUCAUCGCUUGCUCAGCUUCCCUCACGUCGGCGGCAGCGAGGCUCCUCAUGACCAUGGCAAUGUCGGGGUCACUGCAGGCGACAAACAGAUCCGUCACGUUCACUCGCACGUUGAGCAAAUGACCAACGGCGCGGUCAAUCCGGAUGCGCCGUUCGCUGACUACAACACUUCGGUGCGAUACCGCUUCUGAGGAGUCGUCGCCAGAGAGGAUGGCAGGCGACGCUGCCCUCGCAAUACCACGGUCGACCUUCUCUCGAUCUGAAGUCAAGGCGACAACGAUAGGCCUCAUUCCCCACAUCCAUCUCGCCGAAACUCUUAGCUCCGCUCCUGCAAGUCAUUUUCUUGCUCCCCGCCCUGCGUCACCCAUACCCCUCAAGCCAGAGGCGCUACUGCGGCGGCGACCCAAAUCUCGCCGCUCGAGGUAAUCAUGCGCCUUCGCUCAUCUCCUGGCGGCCCUCUCUGCGACACUGCUUCACUCAACACCCAUUCCAUUCCCUCUGGGCCAACACGUUUGCAAAGGCCCAAAAAUCUCUUGUCUUUGAACUCAUGAUCAUGACGACCACUUACGAUCUUCUUUCUCGACUCGAAAUGCCACGAAAUUCGCACUCAGCGUCUUGAGCGUCAGC